CUCGUAAAGAAGUCGACGAAUUUAGAUCGGUAGUGAGUGAUAGCAGAUUUGAUUUUGGAGUUAUAGAAGAAAAAAUUUCGGAUGAGGCUUAUAACUCGGCUGAAAUUUCAGAACAUGAUAUUAUCGUCACCACUUAUAGAGAUAUGUGCCGAAAUAUCGAGAACUUAAUCGCUGGUCGAUUAAGCCAAAGAUUUCGUGUCUUAGAAGAUAGAUGUAGAUUCUUAGAAGAUAGACGUAGAUUUUUGGAAGAUAGAUACUUACGAUGUGAUCGUGGCUAUGCCACUGACAUUCCUGAUAUUGAUAACACUUCAAAUUCUGAUAUAUAUCAAGAGACUAACAUGUUAAUAUCAUUGCAAAGUAAUAAGACUCCACCUAUAUGCGCGAAGUCUAAAUCGUCAGAGGAUAAAAAAUUGGAUGGUUUUCUGGAUCAGAAAGAAAAGGAAAAGGUUAGCGAUAUGAUGAUAAAGAAGAACAGGUAA